UCAUUCUCCCACUUCCAUGUACUAGAAGAGAAGCACACUCUUGUAUAUACACACAUACAAGCAUAUACGUAUAGAGAGAGAGAAAAGGAGAAUCAUAGUGCUGCAUUUCUAGAGCGAGAGAGAGGCGAAAUGGGUCUUACCGGAGUAACAUUCUUGGUCACUCUGAUGAUGCUGACCGCCGUCACUAUUCCGGCAAAUGGUUGUUCGCCGGCAGACCAAGCAGCAUUAAUGGACUUCAAAGCAGCUCUUAACGAGCCUUAUUUGGGCAUUUUCAACACAUGGACGGGCACCAACUGUUGUCAGGGUUGGAACGGUGUUGGCUGUGACCCGAAUACUCAACGGGUCGCCGACAUUGUUCUUCGGGGCGAAUCGGAAGACCCGAUUUACGAGAAAGCCGGCCGGUCUGGUUACAUGACAGGUUCACUCUCCCCUUCCCUCUGCAAACUCGACGGCCUUACUACCCUCAUCGUCGCCGACUGGAAAGAUAUCUCCGGCGAAAUUCCGGCUUGUCUCACUUCGUUAAAAAAUCUCCGUAUCGUUGAUCUCAUCGGAAACAAAAUCACCGGCCAAAUCCCGGCGAACAUCGCUCAGCUGAGUAAACUCGCUGUCCUUAACCUCGCCGAUAACCAAAUCUCCGGUUCAAUCCCUGGCUCGAUCGUCAAUCUCGGAAAAUUAAUGCACCUUGACCUCAGCAACAAUCAGCUCUCCGGCGAAAUUCCGGCCGAUAUCGGGAAACUCAGCAUGAUGAGCCGAGCACUAUUCAACAAGAACAAACUCACCGGUUCAAUCCCGAACUCAAUCUCCAAACUCUACCGGUUAGCCGAUCUCGAUUUAGCAAUGAACCAAAUUACCGGUUCAAUCCCAGCUCAGCUCGGUUCAAUGCCUGUUCUCUCAACCCUAAACCUAGACUCCAACCAACUCUCCGGUUCAAUUCCCAAUAAUCUACUCAGUAGCCCCGGUUUAAACAUCCUCAACUUAAGUAGAAACUCAUUAGAAGGAUUACUACCCGAUGUUUUUGGUUCAAAAACAUAUUUUACACAUCUCGAUUUAUCGUACAAUAAUCUUAGGGGUUCAAUUCCUAAAUCGUUAGCUUCAGCUAAGUACAUUGGUCAUUUGGAUUUGAGCUACAACCAUCUUUGCGGCCCGAUUCCAAACGGGUCUCCGUUCGAUCAUCUAGAAGCUUCAUCUUUCUCUAACAACGAUUGUUUGUGUGGGUCGCCAUUACGUACUUGUUAAUUUGUUUUUUGAGGGUUUAUGGUUUGUAAUUAAUCGAAUUAUCGGUUGAUUACAUAUAAUUGUAUUUCUCCAUAUUGUAAUGGUAACAUCAUUCUCUUAGUGUGCUUAGCUUAAUUACUGAAAGUGUAAACUCAUAAAUUAUUGCUAAGCAACGGUUAUGAGCUCGAAUCAUGCAUGUACGUGAAAAUGUGUAAAAGUUUCCACGAAAAAUAUCAAAGAAAAUUGUAUGCUUUUAUUAGUA